CGGUUUUUCGACGCUGGCAGUGAACAAAUGGCAGGCAGCAUGGACCACGGUUGCUGGGCAGGAUGGGGAGCGUCUGCGAUCGGGUUCCCUUCUCAAAGCAGAGCCCUGAAGACUUCAGAUGUCAAUGAGACCACCUGUUUCUGAUGUGCAGGCAUAGAAGAAAGGCACAGCUCCCCAUCAGUUUCAGGGAAAACAACACAGUGCCUGCUGGGAACCAGCUGCUAGAGAUCCCCACAAAGAGCCUCUACUGGGGGCAACAUUUCCAGGAAGGAGUUGGGGAGAGAGAACCCUCACUGUGGGGACUGCUGAUAAGAAACUAGUUGCACAGCUGCUCUGUUCUCACACAAAUCUACCCCUUGUGUGGCUGGAACUGACAUUUCCCUGGAGGUGUCCAGAAAUCUGAUGUAACACAGAGCCUGUAAAAGCUGCCAGUCCUUAAGGCUGACAAGCCCCUUGCCAAGAUGGAGCUUGUAAGGAGGCUUAUGCCUUUGACCCUCUUAAUUCUCUCUUGUUUGGUGGAGUUGACAUUGGCAGAGGCUGAAGGAAAUUCAAGCUGCAGAUUCAGUCUGGGGGGUGCCAAUAUGACAGAGACCCACAAAGCCAUGAUCCUGCAACUCAAUCCCAAUGAGAACUGCACCUGGACAAUAGAAAAACCAGAAAACAAAAAAAUCAGAAUUAUCUUUUCCUCUGUCCAGCUUGAUCCAGAUGGAAACUGUGAAAGUGAAAGCAUUAAAGUCUUUGACGGAACCUCCAGCAAUGGGCCUCUGCUGGGGCAAGUCUGCAGUAAAAAUAACUAUGUUCCUGUAUUUGAAUCAUCAUCCAAUACAUUGACAUUUCAAAUAGUUACUGACUCGGCAAGAAUUCAAAGAACUGUUUUUCUCUUCUACUACUUCUUCUCUCCUAACACCUCUAUUCCAAACUGUGGUGGUUACCUGGAUACCUUGGAAGGAUCCUUCACCAGCCCCAAUUACCCAAAGCCUCAUCCUGAGCUCGCUUAUUGUGUGUGGCACAUACAAGUGGAGAAAGGUUACAAGAUAAAACUAAACUUCAAAGAUAUUUUACUAGAAAUAGACAAACAGUGCAAGUUUGAUUUCAUUGCCGUCUAUGAUGGCCCUUCCACCAACUCUGGCCUGAUUGGACAAGUCUGUGGCCACGUGACUCCCACCUAUGAAUCGUCAUCCAACUCUCUGACUGUCGUGUUGUCUACAGAUUAUGCCAAUUCUUACCGGGGCUUUUCUGCUUCCUACACCUCAAUUUAUACAGAAAACAUCAACACUACAUCUUUAACUUGCUCUUCUGACAAGAUGAGAGUUAUUAUAAGUAAACUCUUCCUAGAGAAUUUUCACUCUAAUGAGAAUAACUUACAACUAAAUGACCCAACUUGCAGACCAAAAUUAUCAAAUGUUGUGGAAUUUUCUUUCCCUCUUAAUGGAUGUGGUACAACUAAAAAGGUAGAAGAUGAGUCAGUUACCUACACCAAUAUAAUCACCUUUCCUGCAUCCUCAACUUCUGAAGUAAUCACCCGUCAGAAACAUCUCCAGAUUAUUGUGAAGUGUGAAAUGGAACAUAAUUCUACUGUGGAGAUAAUGUACAUAACAGAAGAUGAUGUAAUACAAAAUCAAGUUGCAGUGGGCAAAUAUAACAUAAGCAUGGCUCUUUUUGAAUCCAAUUCAUUUGAAAAGACUAUACUUGAGUCACCAUAUUAUGUGGAUUUGAACCAAACUCUUUUUGUUCAAGUCAGUCUGCACACCUCAGAUCCUAAUUUGAUGGUGUUUCUUGAUACCUGUAGAGCCUCUCCUACCUCUGACUUUGCAUCUCCAACCUAUGACAUAAUCAAGAGUGGAUGUAGUCGAGAUGAGACAUGUAAGGUGUAUCCCUUAUUUGAACACUAUGGGAGAUUCCAGUUUAAUGCCUUUAAAUUCUUGAGAAGUAUGAGCUCUGUGUAUCUGCAGUGUAAAGUUUUGAUAUGUGAUAGCAGUGACCACCAGUCUCGCUGCAAUCAAGGUUGUAUCUCCAGAAGCAAAAGAGAUAUUUCUUCAUAUAAGUGGAAAACAGAUUCCAUCAUAGGACCCAUUCGUCUGAAAAGGGAUCAAAGGGCAAGUGGCAAUUCAGGAUUUCAGCAUGAAACACAUGCGGAAGAAACACCAAACCAACCUUUCAACAGUCUGCAUCUAUUUUCAUUCAUGGUUCUAGCUCUGAAUGUAGUGAUUGUAGCCACAAUGACAGUGAGGCAUUUUGUAAAUCAACGGGCAGACUACAAAUACCAGAAGCUGCAGAACUAUUAACUAACAGGUCCAGCCCUAAGUGAGACACAUUUCUCCAGGAUGCCAAAAGAAAUGCUACCUCGUGGCUACAUAUAUUAUGAAUAAAUUAGGAAGGGCCUGAAAGUGACACACAGGCGUGCAUGUCACUGUGUCAGCAUGUUUCAUUACAGGACAAUGGAAAUAAAGAAAUACCAUGUCA